AUGCUCUCUUUUCUGGCCCGAACCCCCCCACGAACCCGAGUCGCUCACCUGAACAAGAUCUUCUUCGACGACGGCCGCUCGGCGAUUGAGUUCAAGGCGCCUUCAGACAGAUAUCUCGUCAUAAACAGACUGCCCCCUGCACCAAUCAAGCACGGCGACGACGACAGGAAGAAUCCGGAUGUCACUCCGCACGCCCCCAACUGUGCGCUGAAUCCUCCGAUGCAUUGGCACUUCAAGCAGGACGAAUUCUUCCAUGUCCUGGAGGGAAAGGCGGCCUUCUUUUUCGACGGCCGCCAACGAGUCGCCACCGCCGGGGAGGUGGUCAAAAUCCCAGCGGGGAAGUUCCACACCUUUCGGAAUGCCAGCCCCAAGGACGAUCUGGUCGUCGAGUUUGUCCUGGACCCAAGCCACAGGGUGAGGGAUGAGGAGUUUUUCAGAAAUGCGCAAUCAUACCGAGAUGAUUGUCGCAAAGCCGGCGUACCGCGGAAUAUAUUUCAGGUCUGCCUCUUCAACAACCGGGCAAAUGUCGUGCUCGCGUUACCGGGCCCGAGACUCAUUGCGAAGCCGUUGGGGUUAUUGUUCAACUUUCUUGGAGCGUGCAUUGGUCGAUGGAUCUUUGGAUUUGAAGAUUCCUACCUAGAGUACUAUGACCCGCGAAACAGCAGUGUACCAAAGUGA